AUGGCUGAAUUUUCAGGAGAAGCUAAUGAAAUCGAUAUUGAUGAAUGGCUAUUUGAUUUAAAUAAUUUAUUUUCAUUAAUGAAAUUAAAAGGUGAAACAAAAAUUCUUGAAACGAUGGGCAAAUUAACAGGACCAGCAUUACGAUGGAGGUAUAGAAAAUCUCGACAAUUUAUUAGUGAACAACAAGCCAUUACAGUAUUACAAAAUGGCGUUAAAAAUUCAUUAAAAGAACAUUUAAUUCGUAAUGAAAAAGAAAUUAAAAAACCUGAAGAAUGGUUGCGAUUUGCAAGAGAAGAAGAAUACAUACAAAAACGAAUUCAACAAAAAAUUAAUGCUCCACAUCAUGAACCAAAGAAUCCACCAUUUUUUGAACAUCCAUUACCAAUUGCAGCAAUUCAACCAACGUCAACAAAUAUUCACUCAUCAAAUCAACAGCCAUUUACAUCACGUCAUUACUAUAAACAACGACAUCAACAAUUACCAUCAUUAACCAAUAAUCGAACAUAUCCAAAACAAAAUAAUUUUUCAGAUCUUAAGCAAAAUCGAAAAAAUUAUCAAAAAUCUAACCCAUGUUUAAUUUGCAAUAAAAAUAUUCAUGCAACAAUAAAAUGCUUUUAUAAGAAGAGCAACGGCUGUUUUAAAUG